AUGAUUACAGCUGAUGAUUGUCGUUGGCCACAAGGUCAAUAUGGUCUUCCAACACGUAAUGGAAAAUUAAAAGAAGUUGAUCGAUUUGAUGUUGCAUUCUUUAAUCUUCAUUCAAAACAAGCACAUAAUAUGGAUCCACAAUUACGUCUUUUACUUGAAGUUACAUAUGAAAGUAUAUGUAAUGCUGGAAUAAAUCCAAUAAAAUUAAAAGGUACAAAAACUGAUGUUUUUAUUGGUGCAAAUGGUUCAGAUGCUCAAAAUGUAUUUUCAUCCGAUCCUCAAACAUUUGAAGAUUAUAGACCAUCUUAUACUGUCGAUACAGCUUGUUCAUCAAGUCUUUUAGCACUUGAUUGUGCAUUAAAUGCAUUACGAAAUGAUUCAUGUCAUGCUGCCAUUGUUGGUGGUGUUAAUCUUUGUUUUCGUUCUCAAACUUCAGUACAAUUUCUUAAAUUACACAUGCUUUCAAAUGAUGGUACAUGUCGUGCAUUUGAUUCAAAUGGUACAGGUUAUGUUCGAUCAGAAACAAUUGCUACUAUAUUUAUACAAAAACGACAAGAUACUAAACGUUUAUAUGCAACAUUGUUACAUUCAAAAACAAAUGCCGAUGGUUGGAAAAAAGAUGAAAUUCAUCUUGAUCCAAAUCAUGUUGGUUAUGUUGAAGCACAUGGAACAGGAGCACGUGCUAAUGAUCCACAAGAAAUGAAUUCAAUUACAGAAGUAUUUUGUAGUAAACGUCAUCAACCAUUAUUAAUAGAUUCAACAAAAUCAAAUAUGGGUCAUCCAGAACCAGCUUCAGGUGUUGCUGCUUUAGCAAAAUUACUUGUUGCUUUACAAAAUGGACAUAUACCUGCUAAUUUACAUUAUAAUUCACCAAAUAGAGAUAUACCAGGUCUUUGUGAUGGCCGUCUUAAAGUUGUAACAGAAAAAACAAAACUACCAAAUAAUUUAAUGGCAAUUAAUUCAUAUGGUUUUGGUGGUACCAAUGUUCAUGCCAUACUUCAAGCAAAUUCAAAUCGAAAAGAAAAUGAAAAUUUAUCACGAAAUGAAAUAUGUCUUGCAUUUGCUUGUGCUCGUACAGCGGAUGGAUCAUUAAUUACAGAAAAUUUAUUUCAUCCAUCACAUACACAUACAUAUCGUGGUUUUACUUUAUUAAAUCCAUCAGAAUCAUCAACAAUAGUUAAAAAAUGUAACAAUGAACGACGAUUAGUAUGGUUUGUAUUUUCAGGUAUGGGUACACAAUGGUCUCGUAUGGAACGCGAUUUAAUGAAAUUAAAAUUAUUUCGUCAAUCAAUUGAAAGAAGUUCAAUUAUACUUAAAAAAUAUAAUAUUGAUCUAUUUCAACUUAUUUUAUCAUCAACACCACGUGAUCUUGAUCAUCCAAUUAAUAAUUUUGUUAGUAUUGCUGCUAUACAAAUUGCAUUAGUUGAUUGUUUAAAAACUAUGGAUGUUGAACAAGAUGGUAUUGUUGGACAUAGUGUUGGAGAAUUAGCUGAAGAAACAAUUUUAGCUGCUUAUAUUCGUGGUAAAUGUGUUCGAGAUGCAAAUCUUCCAGCAGGUGGUAUGGCUGCUGUUGGUUUAACAUGGGAUGAAUGUAAACAAAUGUAUCCAUCAGAUAUCGUCUCGGCAUGUUAUAAUACAAUUGAUACAGUUACUGUAUCAGUUGCUUUUCAUUCACAUUAUAUGAUGAAAAUAGCACCAUUAUUAAAAAAAUGCUUAGAAAAUGUUAUUAUUAAUCCACCUAAACAACGUUCAUCAAGAUGGAUUUCAUCAAGUGUACCAGAAAAUCAAUGGAAUACAUCAUUAGCAUUAACAUCAUCACCAGAUUAUCAUGUUAAUAAUUUAUGUAGUGCAGUUUUAUUUCAAGAAGCAUUACAAUAUAUUCCAUCAAAUGCUAUUGUUAUUGAAUUAGCACGACAUUGUUUGCUUUUAGCUAUUCUUAAACGAUCAUUAAGUACUGAUUGUGUGCAUAUAAAUUUAAUGAAACGUGGUACACAUGAUCAUAUUACAUAUUUUUAUUCGAAUUUAGGUAAACUCUAUAACGAAGGUGUUAUUUUAAAUAUUAUGUCAAAUUAUGAAUCAAUUCAAUAUCCAGUACCAAUUAAUGUUCCGUUUAUAUCUUUAAUUGCUGCUCAAUGGGAUCAUUCUCAACAAUGGAAAGUUCCAACAUUUGAAAUGUUUACACAAUCAUUAGGUUCAACACAACAAGCUAAACAUGAAAUAGAUCUUAAUGAUGAUAGUGAAUAUUCAUUUGUAAUUGGUCAUCAAAUUGAUGGUCGUUGUUUAUUUCCUGGAACUAGUUAUCUUGUUUUAGUAUGGAAAACAUUUGCUAAAUUACAUAAUUAUGAAGAUUAUCGUCAAAUAUCAGUUUUAUUUGAACAAAUUCAAAUACAUCGUGCAACAAUAUGUUUAUUAACAAAUAAAAUAAUUUUUUAUGUUAAUAUUUUACCAACAAAUGGUACAUUUGAAAUAACUGAAAAUAAUACUAUUAUUGUUACUGGUCGCAUAUCAUUAAGCGAACAAUUAACAAUGCAAAAAUUUCAUAAACAAAUAAAAUUAAAUAAUACAGAAAAACAUUUACAAACAAAUGAAAGGACGGGGGCGUAUAAGGGUCGAUUUUGGGCUAUCUUCAGUUUC